AUGGAGCCCGACGGCGCGACUGCAAAUGAGACACAAACAGAAUCUUUAUCUUCGUCUCCCAACGCUAUGUCACCAGUGCCAUUGAAUAACCCAACCGGUGCACCAAGAUUUGGAACAGUUACUCCAAAUCGCAUCUUUGUAGGAGGAAUUGAUUUUAAGACCAAUGAACAUGACCUGAGGAAGUUUUUUGCUCAGUAUGGCUGUGUCAGAGAGGUGAAGAUAGUAAAUGACAGAGCUGGAAUAUCAAAAGGGUAUGGUUUCAUUACUUUUGAAACUCAGGAAGAUGCACAGAAGAUACUACAAGAGGCUAAAAAACUUAAUUACAAGGAUAAGAAGUUGAAUAUUGGACCAGCAAUAAGAAAACAGCAAACACGGAUUCCUCGUUCUAAUGUGAUACCAGAAGGUGGUACAAUGUACUUAACGACUUCAAGUGGAUAUCCUUAUAUUUACCAUAAUGGAGUGGCUUAUUUUCAUACUCCUGAAGUUGCUUCUGUUCAGCAGCCAUGGCCAUCACGCACUGUUUCCAGCUCACCUGUGGUGGUAACGCAACCAAUUUAUCAGCCUCCUACUUGCCAUUAUCAGGCACCAACGCAGUGUCUUCCAGGUCAGUGGCAGUGGUCUGUUUCACAGUCUCCAACCUCUUCGCCUUCGUUGUUUUAUCUGCACCCAUCUGAAGUUAUUUAUCAGCCGGUAGGGAUUGCCCAGGAAGGUGGUUGCGUACCUUCUCCUUUCCUUCUAGUGGAAGCUGCAGUUCCUGAGCCGUUUUCUGAUCAUGGAGUUCAAGCAACCCCUCACCAGCCUUUUGCCCAGAGUGCUGUAGCCAUGCCUGCACCUGCAGUGUGGAGCAUUCACUAUUAAGCACUUUGGGCAGCUUUAGUGUACCUGUUCUGAUUUUCUUGUCCAGUCCUUCCAGUGUGGCUGAGAUCAUCAACAUACCAGCUAGCAGCUGCCUGUUGUGAAGCUUAGGGAAUCAAGGUUGCAUUCUGUGAGAAGAAAUUUUUCACAUCUGUUGUCUCCUUGAGUCUGAAACCUUGGUAUACAAGAAGUCCCCAUUUUCAUCCUAGAAAAGAUUACAGACUGGAAGAUAAAAUUCUUACACCACCUUUACCUACAGACUCUGUAAAAUGGAUUUUUAGCCAUCCCAUUUGCUGGCGUUCCUAUCACGUGGAGGAAGUGUCGUUCCUGACUUGUAACAUUUGCCUGGAUGUGCCUAAAUGAAAAUGCCGUUAGCUUUUGUAAAGGAAGAGCAUUUGGUUUUGCAGUUUGGACAGGGAAACACCCAAAACUGUGUUUUUAUUCUAUAUAGCCUUUCUUAAUAAAAAUACUUUCACUGGACAAAAUUGUAAUUUCUAGUAUACAGCCUACUAUUUAGAUAUGGAUUACUUACAUAGAUUUAAUAAAAUAUGCCAUUUUUCAAGGGAAAAGUUACUUUUCAU